GACGUACACGGAAGUAAGAUGCGCCUGCUGAGUGAAAACAGAGCUAGAUGCUAACUCGGCUAAUGGGAGUGGAUAUUCCUCCUUGUUUCUGUUUUAUUUAAUAAUCUGUUAGAGACAUCUUCAUCUUUCAUCGCUUUCUGCUUAGCGCUAGAAUUGUUCUGAAGUGUCUAUAGUUAGAGAGAGAGAGAUGUCCGGAAGCUUCUACUUCGUGAUGGUGGGUCACCAUGACAACCCAGUGUUUGAGAUGGAGUUCCUGCCUCCUGGGAAACCGGAAUCAAAGGAUGAUCAUCGCCACUUGAACCAGUUUAUCGCUCACGCUGCUCUCGACCUGGUGGAUGAGAACAUGUGGCUGUCCAACAACAUGUACCUGAAAACAGUGGACAAGUUCAACGAGUGGUUCGUCUCAGCCUUCGUCACCGCCGGUCAUAUGAGGUUCAUCAUGCUUCAUGACGUCAGGCAAGAAGACGGGAUCAAAAACUUCUUUAAUGACGUUUAUGAUUUAUACAUCAAGUUUGUGAUGAACCCUUUCUAUGAAGUGAACACUCCGAUUCGCUCCACAGCCUUUGAGCGUAAAGUGCAGUUUCUGGGCAAGAAGCAUCUUCUGAGCUGAUGAGACGAUUCUCCAAUGUUUAUACAAACGCCUGUAAAAUACAUUUAAUCACUUUUACCUGGGUUAAACGUCACAAGUGUGUGUGUGUUUCCGUGUGUGUGUGUAUGUGUGUAUGUUUAAACCUUCAGCCUGUGAACAGUUGUUUUUCUUGUUUUUUGUUGUGUUCAUGUUCUGACGUCAUCAUGCUGUCCAUCUCUCAGUGUAAUGAUGAUAAUAAAACCUGUCAGCAGGUGGC